UCAUGAAGUGUAUACAAGACGAUUGGAAGUUGGGCUGGUUCGAGAGAAUUAGCUACGUUUUCUUAGUGACUUUUUAUUGUUUUUCGAAGCACGCCUCUGUAUCGGCGCUUGAUAAUUCAACCAACACGUUUGUCGAGAGAUCUCGAGUAGACUGCAGCCUGCGCAAAGAUAUAAUCACUUGCGGGAAAUACAAAGUUGCCAGGUGGCUUCAUGACAUUGUGAGGGAGAAGGAAUACAGCUAUGGUUCCCUGCGUAUUGUGAGAAUCCCAUCCAUAUCUGGACAACCGAUACUCCCAAAGUUACCACAGUCACGUGUGUUCAAAACCGAUGCGGUCGAGGCCUUGAACUUCGUCAGGGACUGCUUGGAGGAUCUGUUGACGAAACGAGCUUUGGUUUACACGGUCGACAACUCUGCCACUGGUAGGAGUUUUGGUAGCGCGCCUAUGAUCAUGGACGAGGAUGAACUCAUUGAAAUGAAGAGCAGAAAAUACCCUGCUGAUAACUGGAGACUUCUGAAGAAGAAAUCCUCCAUAAUCGUUCCUCUUCUAAUCCUAUUAAACCUACUGAAAGUGAAACUGUUGCUUCUACCCAUUUUCCUCAGUGUUCAUUUCAUCAAGAAGCUACUAGUGCUAGCUUCCAUCAUCGUUCCCUCGUUAUUGGCGCGUCUCAAGAUUUGCAAACUCGCGAAUUCACAUUACCAGGGUUACCCUUAUCACAUGUGGGGUACGGCCGCUGAUGCACCCGUCGAUUAUCCAACAGGAUACGGUCAAGAGGAGCCAUGGUCUCACAGAAGCGAUUACGCCCCAGUAAACUCUCCUUACAUGGGAUUCCAGGGUUAUCGCAAUCCCUAUGGAUGAAAUUAGGGAGCACGGAAAAACAUCACCGAUCAACUUCAACUUGCCAUUGCAUCGAAACUCAAACGGACGAACCACGAUCGUGCACCUUCCGCUUUCUUCUCUUAGCAACUUUCGACUGUGUUCUCUACGCAUUUGCGGUUUUCUUCUCGCGACUCGCUAAUCCCCUUUCUUCAUUCCUAAACAUCCUAAUUACGAGGCGACAAACUACAAACGAGUUAUAUUUAGCAAUGAUCAUCGAGUGCGUUCCUCGUCGCGAAAUGACUUUCACACGCCAUGCUCGCUACCGUUACAAAAUUGGUAACGAGCAUCGCCGUACGUAAACGUCGAACUCACGAACACGCGUCUGAUGAUUUUCUUCUGCAAACUGCAGAAACUGUUCGCGAGUAUUGUUGCGUAGCACGCGAGCUUUCAACGUCGUGUGUGAAUAUUUGUGUACCGUGAUCUAAUAAAAUCGAAUUCGCGAACAACAACGCCUCGCGUGAUGUCAACGCUGAUCACUUCCGGGCUAAUAAUUGGAAGGCGGGGUUGAAGCGUGUGGCCUGUUCGAGAAUGUACAGACGCGUAGUUUGUAUAGUAGCGAGCGAUCGUCAGCGAUCAGAUAGUAGAUAACUUUUGGUUAAAUAAAAUUACGUAU